AUGCUGUCGCGACGGACGGCGCGCGCGCGACGCGCGACGACGGUCGCGGGACGAACGCGGACGACGGCGGUGACGACGACGGCGACGGCGGCGACGGCGACGGCGACGCGCGGAUGCGUCGCGCGCGCGGCGACGACGCGAGCGACGACGCGCGGACGGGGAUGCGCGGUCGCGGCGCGCGCGAGCGAAGGGCCGACGUUCGUGACGACGCCGAUAUAUUACGUGAACGAUCAGCCGCACAUCGGGCACGUGUACACGUCGACGGUGGCGGACGCGUACGCGAGGUAUCGAAGGGCGCGUGGGGAGGACGUGUUCUUUCUCACGGGCACGGAUGAACACGGAUUGAAGGUGGAGCAAAGCGCGGAGAAGCGAGGGAUCGAACCGCAGGCGUUGGCGGAUGAGAAUAGUCAAAAGUUUCGCGACGUCAUGACGGCGUACGAUAUUUCCUUCGACGAGUUUAUUCGCACGACGGAUGAUUAUCACGAGAGACAAGUGCGGGCGUUGGUGAAGGUGCUGCAGGAGAAGGAUGCGGUGUACUUGGGUCGCUUUGAGGGGUGGUACGACGAAGGACAAGAGGAGUAUUACACCGAAUCCAAGGCGAAGGAGCUCGAUUACAAGAGCCCGAUUAGCGGAAAGGAUAUGGUUCGCUCGAGCGAGGAAAAUUAUUACUUUCGAUUGAGCAAGUUCCAGAAGGAGCUCGAGGCGCUGCACGCUGAUAACCCAGAUUUUUUGACGCCCAGCGCGAGGCGUAACGAGAUGAUCGGUCGAUUGAAUGAAGGGUUGAACGACGUGCCGAUUUCGCGUACCAACUUCAAGUGGGGCAUCCCGAUGCCGGAUGACGAAAAGCACGUCAUUUACGUGUGGAUCGACGCGUUGAUGAAUUACAUCACCGCUAUCGGUCUUGGCGAUGGUAAGGAUUCCAUCGUUUACGCCGAUCGAUCCAAGUACUGGCCCGCGAGCAUGCACAUCAUGGCCAAGGAAAUUUCUUGGUUUCACUCGGUGAUUUGGCCCGCGCUCCUCAUGGCGCUCGAUUUGCCGCUUCCUCAGCGCGUGCACGCGCACGCUUUCUGGAUUCGCGAGGGACGCAAGAUGUCGAAAUCACUAGGUAACUUCGUUGAUUUGGCUUGCAUGGAUCGAUUCAAGGAGCAUUACGGUUUGGAUGCGAUGCGAUACUAUCUCGCCGUCGAAGGACCGAUCGGCGCGCAAGACGCCAACUUUAGCGCCGAACGCGUUCAAGAAAUCUAUUCGAGCGAUCUAGUGAAUACCAUGGGUAACAGCGUCAGUCGUACGACCGCGAUGAUUAACAAGUACUUCGACGGCGAAGUGCGAAGCGAAGAGGCGAACGGUGCGCGGGUGACGUUCGAUAACUGGGACUGGCCGGCGCGCACGAGCGCGCACGUUCAAGACGCGUUGACGGCGUACGACAAGUUGGACCUUCCUCGCGCCGCAGCGGCGGCGAAAAACAUCGUCAUGGAUGUCGAUUUAUUCAUCACGGAAACCGAGCCUUUCCGCAUGGCUAAGGACGAGUCAAAGAGCGCCGAAUUGGCGGCUUGUUUGUACCAGUGCCUCGAAGCGCUUCGCAUCGCCGCGGUGUUGUUGGAGCCUUUGAUGCCCAACAAGAUGGCGGAAUUCGACGCUGGAGUCGGCCUUGGUGAGGGAUCGAUCGCACAACGAACGAAAUGGGGCGGAUUGAAGCCGGGAACUAAGGUUGAAAAGCUCGCUCUCUUUCCGCGCGUCGAAGGUUUGGAUGAAAACGGCCAUCCCGUCAAGACAUAG